AUGCUUGGUUUCCUAAGAGAUAUAGCUGAGCAGUUCCCUCGUUACGAUAAGAUCAAAGCUACAGCGAAGGCUGCCGUCUGUGGAAAAGAUGCCGCUUGGUACGAACAAAAAUUCCGGGCUACAAAUGCUAGACACUUGUCACGCUCCAGCAAUGGUAAUCAAAAUGAACCAGGAGCCGGCCAACCAACCCGUGGUUUCUCCCUCAACUCUGGCCCAGGACGCGAACCACAUACCGAACUAGUCGGUAUGUUUUCUUUCCCUUCUCCAAGAAAUGCUGUGCCCACCAAAUCAAUCUCCCAGUUCUCUUCCGCUUUACCUCAUACUCCUCGAAGUCAGACACUACCCCAAGCGGCUUCUGUCCACGGUCCCACACCCAUGAUACGACCAAGUAUACCGGAAUUAUCUGUCUCAGAAGACUUUUCAAGAAUUUGGUCGAGUGACAACCGAGUUCGUUCCACCUUAGUAGCACGCGGGCCACUAGGGCGCCUUGAUCCAGACAGCUAUAUGCUCAAGACAACCGAAUCACAAGUCCUGCCGUGUCUCCAGAUAGCGACAUCGAAGCCAAAAAGCUGA